AUGGCACCAAGAAAGGCGCCUUCGGCCAGUGCCGAGAUCUCUCUGGUGCACCUGAAGAACUGCCUCGUCAACCUGCCGGCAUCGCUGGUGUCGUUGCUGGUAAACGUCAACACCCCCGCGCAAAAUGUCGUCGUCGAGCUUAGUUUCCGGGGUGCUGCCGUGUCCAACGGCGCAUCCGCCGACUCCGGUCCGACGAAAUCCGCGCAACGAUCCGUAUUCCUGGGCUGGACCGGUAUGCCGAGCAAGAAGAAGCUGGUGCCCCUGAUCCACCGUGACGGGUUCUCCGGGUCAAGAGGAGGAGUCAAGGAGCAAGAGGUGGCGCUCGUCGAGAUCGACCCGGUCCUGGCAGAGACGCUCGGCCUGCACGAUGGGCAGAAGGUCACGGCCAUUGUCCACGUCGACCCGCCCUUGGUGCACACAAUAAACAUUGAGCCCGUCACGCCCGAGGCAUGGGAGAUCAUCGAGCUGCACGCAAACUUUCUUGAGCUUAACAUGCAGCACCAAGUGCGCGCCGUGCCCAACCCCGCCUACGUUCUGCCCGCUGGGGCCGGGUCAAACACACAUCCUCUGACGCUGCAUCUAUCACCCACAUCUACUGCCAAUGUCAAUGUGGUAUCCCUGGAGCCGGCAUUGCCUUCAGACGCGCCGUUUGCCAAGAUCGCCCCCGACGCCGAGGUCAUUGUCGCGCCCAAGGUACGGUCAAAGCCGAGCAGGGGCAGCCGGGAGAGCCGAAGUGUCGCCAGCACAUCUAAGAAGAGCGGCAAGAGCACACCAAGCACGGUCAGGCGGAAGAGCGGUCGGGAAGAGCGCAAGCCGGCUCUUUUCCUCCGUGGUGUCUCACGGACGUACCUCGAUGACUAUUUCGACGACGAGACGGGCGCAGAAGACCUAACCGUGUGGGUCGACCGAGACCAGCUCUUCUCUCAAGACUUUCGUGGUGUCAAGUGGGUGACGGCAAACAUUCUGCGGCCGACACACAUGCCUGCCAAGGCAGACGCGCAAAAGCAGGUCAAUGGGGAUGGCGCCGCGCCCCCGGUGGAGGUGGCGACUAGGGUCGUAGCCCAGUUGCGCGCCUGGGACGAUCCUCCGAGUGGCCAAUUGACAGCCCUAUCGGCACCGCUGUGCGCGGCGCUUGGGUGCCAUCACAUGGUUGGUGGUGUGGUCAAGCUAGAACCAGCAUCGGCGCCGCUACAGCGCGGCUCGGUGCAGAAGCUCAAGAUCUUCCCCUUUCAGGACGAGCAUGCCAGCCAGCCGGUGGGCUUCCGAUUCGGGGGCGAGUCAAAGGCAGAGCGCGAAGAGUCGGCUAAGAGGAUCAAGCACAUUUAUGCCGGAAAAGCAUCAAAGGGACUGCUGCAAGGGCCACUGACCGACGGGCAGGUGCUUGGGGUUCACGACGGAAUGGAUGCCCCAUACGGCUGGGCGGGAGGCAUCCUGCGGUUCGAUCCGCCACCCAAGGCCGUGCAAGGCGUCAAAAGUCCCGGCCAUUGGAUCGCCGCACAAGAUCAUCAAGUGGCCAUCGAGGUCCAGGCGCCCAUACCCCGCCUCUCCUCGCACGCCGACGCGCAGUCCCAUGGUCUCUCCAAGGCUGGCGAUAUCCUCGUCGGCAUUGAUGCCCUGUUAGCUGAGCUUGAAUCGCAUCUCUCACACCUUUCUUCCGUCCUCCUAACCGGCGCCCAAGGCGCUGGCAAGACUUCUGUGGCACAGGACCUGGCGAACCGGCUGAGACGCGACCAGCUCUUCCACACGACCUAUUUCCCGUGCCGAAAGCUCGUCAACGACGAGAGUAGGAUCACCAACAUCAAAGAGACACUAAACAAGCUCUUCAUGGAGGCAAGCUGGGGUGCAAGGCUCGGCGGGAAGGCUGUCGUCAUUCUGGAUGACCUGGACCGUUUGUGUCCCGUCGAAACGGAGCUACAGGUAGGCAAUGAGAAUGGGCGGAGCCGGCAGAUCAGCGAGGCUAUCUCGUCCAUUGUGCGGCAGUACUGCGGCAGAGACAGCAACGUGGUGCUCCUCGCCACGGCGCAGGGCAAAGAAUCCCUUCACAAUGUCAUUGUGGGCGGACACGUCGUGCGCGAGAUCGUGGCGCUCAAAGCCCCCGACAAGGAGGCGAGGCGCAAGGUGAUGGAGGCUAUCGCACAGCAGAACUCGGUGCCCGCUCAGGACAGGUUCAACAGGCCUCCGACCAGCGAUGGCGGGAGCCGGCCGACAACGGCCGACGGGAGUGCACGAAGUGAGGAUGGUGCAUGGAUGGACGGCGCUAGCCAGGCGAGCAGGCACUACUCUGCUCCCGAGACUACCGGGUUCGUGCUGCAGGACGACCUCGACUUCCUAGACAUUGCCGGGCAGACCGACGGCUACAUGCCUGGAGACCUCAACCUUCUAGUCGCCCGCGCACGCAACGAGGCGCUCAUGCGCUCGGUGACCGAGUCUCCACUGGACGACGGCUCUGGCUCGGUCGAGCUGGCGCGCGUAGACUUUGAUAAUGCGCUCAAGGGCUUCACGCCCGCGUCCCUGAGAAACGUAACGCUGCAGAGCUCGACGACGACCUUCUCGUCUAUCGGCGGCCUGCAGGAGACGCGCCGCGUCCUCCUCGAGACGCUCGAGUACCCGACCAAGUACGCACCCAUCUUUGCGAAGUGCCCCCUCCGCCUGCGGUCGGGCCUGCUCCUCUACGGCUACCCGGGCUGCGGGAAGACCCUGCUCGCCAGCGCCGUGGCGGGCGAGUGCGGCCUCAACUUCAUCAGCGUCAAGGGCCCGGAGAUCCUGAACAAGUACAUCGGCGCGUCGGAGAAGAGCGUCCGCGACCUGUUCGAGCGCGCGCAGGCGGCUAAACCGUGCGUGCUGUUCUUUGACGAGUUCGACUCGAUCGCGCCCAAGCGCGGGCACGACUCGACGGGCGUGACGGACCGCGUGGUCAACCAGCUCCUCACGCAGAUGGACGGCGCCGAGGGCCUCUCAGGUGUCUACGUGCUAGCCGCUACCUCCCGCCCGGACCUCAUCGACCCGGCGCUGCUGCGGCCGGGGCGGCUGGACAAGUCGCUGCUCUGCGACUUCCCGGGGGUCGAGGACCGGCUCGACAUCAUCAAGGCGCUGGCCAAGAAGGCCAAGCUCAGCGACGACUUCCUCAGCUCCGAGGACGACCUUCUGGAGCUGGCCCGCCGGACGGAGGGCUUCUCGGGCGCGGACCUGCAGGCGCUCGUGUCCAACGCCCAGCUCGAGGCGAUCCACGACGUGCUCGAUGGGCCCGACCAGGCCAGUUCGGCCACCGCGAGCGGCCGCCGUGGAGGAGGAGCGGGCGCGAGGAAGACCGCAUCGUCCCUUGCUGCGGCGACCAGGAAGUUUGUGCAGUUCCGCUACGGCGGCGGCGGCGGCGGCGACGACGAGGCGGACGGCGCCAAGCCCAAGUCCGUUCAGCUCGCGGAGCAGGCGGCCAUCGCGGCCAAGCUCAAGAGCAUUAAGGUGGCGAGGCAGCGCAGCAAGGCCCUGAAGGGGGGCGGCGGCGACGAGCACCGCGGCGGCGCUGACGGCGCCCAGGCUGAGCACAAGGAGGUCGUCAUCGGGUGGAAGCACUUUGUCAAGGCGCUCGAGGGCACGCGGGCGAGCAUCAGCGUGCAGGAGCGCGCGCGGCUGGAGAGGAUCUACCGCGAGUUCGUGGUCGGGCGCAGCGGGGAGAUGAAGGACGGGCAGGGGAGCAUGGAGAUUGGGGGCCGCAGCAGCCUCAUGUGA